AUGCCUAGACUGAAAAGAAAAAGUACAGACCAAAGACAAAAACAGAUUAAAGAACUUGUUUCAAAGCGUAGAAGAGAAGAAACUUCAUCAGCAAACAAAUCAAGUGAAAUGAAUAACAAAAAUGAAAGCUUUACACCUGUGAAAAGAUAUUUUGAAGAUCAGACUGAUAAACAGAAUAAAAGAAGAAAAGAAUUGGAAGAAAAACGAAAUUCCUCAAAUUUAGCUGAACAGGCAAAUAAUCUUAAACAGGCAGCAAAUCGAUUAAGACAACAAAAGUUAAGAGCCUUAAAAACUCCUGAUAAGAAAAAUGAUGAUAAAAAUAAAGAUAGAAUAAGAAAACAAGUGGAAAGGACACUUAAGACACCAGAUCAAAAGCAGAGUGACAAUGCUAAGGAUAAGAAAAGGAAGAGUGACUCUCGUGACUCAAGAACACCCGCUCAAAUGGCCUCAGACAAAGCCAAAAAUAAGAAUUGGAUGAUUGUCUCUCGUGGCUCAAGAACAUCUGCUCAAAUUGCCUCAGAUAAUGACAAAGAUAAGAAAAGAAAGAGUGACUCUCGUGACUCAAGAAGGCCAGCUCAAGUGGCCUCAGACAAAGCCAAAAAUAAAAAUAGGAUGAUUGACUCUCGUGGCUCAAGAACACCUGCUCAAAUUGCCUCAGAUAAUGACAAAGAUAAGAAAAGAAAGAGUGACUCUCGUGACUCAAGAAGGCCAGCUCAAGUGGCCUCAGACAAAGACAAAAAUAAGAAUAGGAUGAUUGACUCUCGUGGCUCAAGAACACCUGCUCAAAUUGCCUCAGAUAAUGACAAAGAUAGGAAAAGAAAGAGUGACUCUCGUGACUCAAGAACACCCGCUCAAAUGGCCUCAAACAAAGACAAAAAUAAGAAUAGGAUGAUUGUCUCUCGUGGCUCAAGAACACCUGCUCAAAUUGCCUCAGAUAAUGACAAAGAUAAGAAAAGAAAGAGUGACUCUCGUGACUCAAGAAGGCCAGCUCAAGUGGCCUCAGACAAAGACAGAAAUAAGAAUAGGAUGAUUGACUCUCGUGGCUCAAGAACACCUGCUCAAAUUGCCUCAGAUAAUGACAAAGAUAGGAAAAGAAAGAGUGACUCUCGUGACUCAAGAAGGCCAGCUCAAGUGGCCUCAGACAAAGCCAAAAAUAAGAAUAGGAUGAUUGACUCUCGUGGCUCAAGAACACCUGCUCAAAUUGCCUCAGAUAAUGACAAAGAUAAGAAAAGAAAGAGUGACUCUCGUGACUCAAGAAGGCCAGCUCAAGUGGCCUCAGACAAAGCCAAAAAUAAGAAAAGGAUGAUUGACUCUCGUGGCUCAAGAACACCUGCUCAAAUUGCCUCAGAUAAUGACAAAGAUAAGAAAAGAAAGAGUGACUCUCGUGACUCAAGAAGGCCAGCUCAAGUGGCCUCAGACAAAGACAAAAAUAAGAAUAGGAUGAUUGACUCUCGUGGCUCAAGAACACCUGCUCAAUUUGCCUCAGAUAAUGACAAAGAUAGGAAAAGAAAGAGUGACUCUCGUGACUCAAGAAGGCCAGCUCAAGUGGCCUCAGACAAAGCCAAAAAUAAGAAUAGGAUGAUUGACUCUCGUGGCUCAAGAACACCUGCUCAAAUUGCCUCAGAUAAUGACAAAGAUAAGAAAAGGAAAAGUGAUUCAAGAGCUUCAAGAACUGAUGACAUACUAGAAAAUGAACACUUAAUUGAUAGAACUAGAAAGCAAAAGUCUCGAAGUCAACCUCCAAAAAUUGAUCUUGACCUUGCUAUAGAAAACUUCAGAAAGGCUAUCAGUCAAGGGCCUAAUUUCGCAUGUAGCUGUUGUUGCCGUCAACUUUACAGAAGAAGUGUCAUAAAACUUGAUUUGAAAAAGUAUUCAAAGAUAUCACAGCCAGAUUUAGACCUUUAUCUCACUAAAGAAGACUGGAUCUGUAACACCUGCCACAACAAACUAGUCAAAGGAAAAAUACCAUGUCAAGCUCAAGCCAAUGGUUUACAACUUACACCAAUCCCAGAAGUCCUCCAGAAGCUUUACCCAUUGGAGAUACAAUUAAUCGCUAAAGUUAUACCAUUUAUGAAAAUUGUUGCAAUGCCAAGGGGUGCUCAGCAUGGAAUAAAAGGACAAGUGGUUCUUGUACCAGCGAACCUUGAGAAAGUUGAAACAGCUUUACCAAGACCAACAUUCCAAAGUCAGAUCAUAUCUUUAGCAUUGAAACGACGACUUUCUGAUAAACAUCAUGUGCAUAAGCAGUAUAUAAGGCCUCAAUUUGUUAUCGAUGCUCUUCAAUAUCUAAAGCAAAACCACUCUAGUUAUACAAAUGUGAAGGUUAAUUCGACCUGGCAUGAAAUAAGUGAGGCAGAGGAUGCACAAUUCUGGGAUGCUGCAACUCACAAUCGAAUCAGUGUUACAGAUCAGGAGGAUCAUAUAGAUGUUGAUGAAUCAAAUCAGAAAUCAGAGUCUCAGAUGGAAGAUGGGACUAUAACUGAUAGUGAUGAUGAAAUGGAAGAAAACAAUCCUUCAGAAUUUAAUACUAAUCUCCAGAAUAAAAGAAGUGUUAAUAUAGACACAUGCAUUUAUCCAAUUGAUGGUCCUGAUGUGCAUACUAAUCAGAUUUUGAACAUAGCUCCAGGAGAAGAUCAAAUACCCAUUACAACAAAAGAAACUGAGUGGGAACAGAUGUCUUUCCCGAAAUUGUUUCCUGAUGGUAAGCAUACAUACAUUAUGAAGAACCCAAGGAAAAUUAAAUUAACACCAAAAAAGUACAUAAAUUCCAGACUUCUCUCCAAAGAUGGCAGAUUUGCAGAAAGUCCAGAGUAUACUUUCAUGGCGUUGGACUGGCUAGAACGAGAUGCUAUAAAACAAAGUAUAUCAAUUACCAGCAGAAAAUGCUUUCAAGAAGAUAUCACAUGUGGCCAAUUCAAAGAUCCACAGAGAAUCUCAAGGUUAUUAACUGAAAAUCAAAUAUUUGCCACUUUUAAAAACAUCCGUGGAACACCUCAAUACUUCAAACAGAUGCACUUGGAUAUGUUAGCCAAAUUACGACAAUAUGGUCCUUAUACAUUCUUCAUAUCAGGUUCAGCAGCUGAAUUUCAUUGGCCAGAAGUGAUAAGCAUUAUAGGUAGACAGUAUGGAGAAAGAUUUACUGAAGAAGACAUUAACAAGAUGACUUGGCAGGAUAAACGAAUGUGGCUGCAGAGGAACCCAGUGACUGCUGCACGUCAUAUUGACUACAUAUUUGAACAACUAUGGGAGAAAGUGAUAUUAAGUGGAACUCAUCCAGUAGGACAAAUUUUAAAUUAUGACCUGAGGAAAGAAAUGCAGGGCAGAGGAACUGCUCAUUUUCAUGCAGCAGUACAUGUAAAAGGAGCUCCACAACUUAAUGUUGACCCAGAUGAAGAGUUCGUAGCAUUUGCAGAUAAGUUUGUUAAAUGUGUUCUACCAGACAAGGAUGAGGAUUACGAGUUGUAUCAACUGGUACUGACACGUCAGAUUCACCACCACACCAGGACCUGUAAAAAGAAACAGAUUGUAACCUGCCGUUUCCAUUAUCCAAGACCACCUAGCCCUCAAACAGUUCUUGCACAUGUGCCAAAUGAUGAAGAUGCCUCAUUGAUAAAACAGAAAUCAACAAAGAUUAUAGGCAAGAUGUUUGAUGCUGUUCAGUCAUAUUCAAAAGAAGAAAAAAUGCCGCCUUAUGAAAAACUUCUAGACAAAGCGGGCAUCACUGAUGAAGAAUACAAAAAAUCUCUUCGAACAGCUAUACACAGAACCCACUUAGUAAUGGAAAGAUCACCUGAAGAUUUAUUUGUGAAUAACUACAAUCCUGUGUUGCUGAGAUGCCUAAGAUCGAACAUGGACAUCCAAAUGAUAACAUCAAUUUGGGCCUGUAUAGCUUACAUCACGUCAUACAUCUGUAAACCUGAGAAGACUAUGUCUGAGCUAAUGCAAAAAGCAAGUAAAGAGGCUAACGAUAAAGGUGUAACUGACAAACUGUAUCAUAUAGCCAACCAGCUAAGGAAAGGACGAGAGGUGUCACAUCAUGAAGCCAUAAUGAGAUGUCUGUCAAUGCCAUUUAGAAGAUCAAAUAUUCCUGUAGCAUUUGUGGCAACAGAUUUCAAAGAAAAUAGGACUAGAAUAAUAAAACAGAGAUCAGUUCUUGACACAAUGGAAGAUGAUGAUACCGAUAUAUAUACGACCACCAUUCACGAUAGAUAUGCUGCUCGACCAUCUAGCCUAGAACAAAUAUCAUUUGCCGAUUUUAUUUCAAACUACAGAUUGGAUUCUUCCUCUUCUAGUGAAAAUAACAACCAAGAAGAACAGGAUGAAGUUGAUGAGGAAGUCUCUGAAAAUGUUAUUACUCUUAGAGAUGGCUUAGGACAGAUGAAAAAGCGGAAAAUACCCCAAGUAAUUAGAUAUCAUUAUGUCUCUCAAGAAAAAGAUGAGGAGGCAUACUUCCAUAGAUUGCUCUUACUAUACCAGCCAUGGAGGUCAGAAGAUCAAUUGAAAACACACUCAACAUACAAAGAUUCUUUUGAAAUUGUAAAAGAACAACUUGUGCCAAAAAUCAAAUCAUUUGAACCGUUUCAUGACGAUGUUGAGUCAGUCUUAGAAAAUUUUGACCCGGAUGACAUGGCUCCGGAAGCAUGGGAAGAUUUUAUGGCAAACAUAGAGCAGGAAAAAGAAGGAGCAGUUAUAGAAGAUCCAAACUAUGAAUUCCUCAAUCCAGAUAACUUACCAAAUGAUGUUCUAGAAACAAAUUUACGUCAUUCGUCAUCUAAUAAAUCAUUCACAUUGACAAAAACAUCAACAUUACCAGACACUGAUUUUUACAAGUUGAUUCAAUCCCUAAAUUCCAAACAGAGAAUUUUAUUUGACUUCAUCUAUUAUUGGGCCACAGCUAUGAGAUUGUCUGUAAAUGUACCUGAUCCAUUUCAUAUCUUUCUGAGUGGAGGAGGGGGUGUAGGCAAAUCUCAUUUGAUCAAUGCUAUAUAUGAAGGUGUAACAAGAGCCUUGCGUACCCCAGCACACAGUCCUGAUCAACCAACAGUAUUGCUAACAGCCUCUACAGGAAAAGCUGCAGUAAACAUUAAUGGUACAACACUUCAUUCAGCUUUUAAUCUACCAAUAAAGGACAAAUCAAACAAAUUUGAAUAUAAAAAACCUGGCACAGAGAAUUUGAAUAGGUUACGAAGUAAUUACAUCAAUGUCAAACUCAUAAUAGCUGAUGAAAUUUCUAUGUUUGGAGCCAGAAGUCUAUUGCACUUGCAUCUAACACUUCAGCACAUUUUCGAGAUCUAUGACAAACCAUUCGCUGGAAUUUCUGUCUUGGCAGUAGGAGACCUUUUGCAAUUGAAUCCUGUAGGCGAUUUACCCGUCUUCAAAAACCCUUCUUCAGGAUACAGUGCAUUAGCUGGUUCAUUAUGGACACAGAAUUUUGAACUUCAUGAACUAUAUGAAAUUGUAAGACAAAAGAACGAUCCCAUGUAUGCAAAUAUUUUGUCGCGCAUUCGUAUAGGAAACAUUAUAGAUGAAGAUAUGAAACUGUUAAAAGAUCUUGAAAAUACAAAUACUGACAAUUUCCCAGAUUCCACUGUUAAAAUAUUUCUGACAAACAAACAGGUUGCUACAUUUAAUGACGAAAAAAUGGAUCAACUCCCAGAAAAGAUAACCAUUCGAGCUAAAGAUAGCAAAAGGGAUACUACAACCAAUACAGUUCCAAUCACAAUAAUGGAGGAAAAUAUAUAUAAAACGGGAGGCUUACCCUCAUCACUAACCAUUGCAAAAGACUGUAAAGCAAUGAUAACUAAAAACAUCGAUAUUUCAGACCAUUUAGUAAAUGGUGUCAUUGGAACUGUUCAGGAAAUUUGUGUCGAUCACAGAAAUCCUACAGCUGGUAUUAUAUUCAUGAAAUUUGGGAGUCCAGAUAUUGGCAGAGAAGCCAAGAAAACAACACCUUCACGUCUGAAAGGAAGUGUUCCUAUAAAGGCAGUGACAGUGAACUUCUUAUUAACAGCAAAAUCUCCUGUUCAGGUGGAAAGAACAAUGUUUCCUAUUGUUCCAGCCUUUGGUAUAACGGCACACAAAUCACAAGGAAGUACGUAUGAAUUUGUCAUUGGGGACCUCACAGUACCACCAUCCAUGAAUACAGUCAUGCCUGGACAAUUGUACACUGUCUUAAGUAGAGCAACACAUAGGACUGGAUUGAAAUUGAUAGAGUUUUCACCACAGAAAAUCAAGGUUAAUCAACAAGCUUUACAGGAAAUGGACAGAAUGCGAAAUCAAGCUACAUUUGAUUGGAUUCAUCCAUUAGAUCAACUUCCAUCAGAAAACAAAAAACACAUCGGCUUCCUCAAUAUCCGAUCAUUAAACCUGCAUUUAGAUGACUUGAAAGCCAAUACUGUUCUGCAAAAUCUAACUACAAUUUGUCUCACAGAAACUCAUACCUCACUAAGUCAUGAAAUCCCUGGAUACCAUUCCUUUCAUGAAAAAACACAGCAUGGCUUAGCUCAGUAUCAUAGAAAAUCAUCAGAAGAAUUUAGUUUACAAGUGUCUAAUGGAAAUGACCUACAAUUAAUGGCUAGACUGUUGAAAACUGAUGAAAAUCCAUUACUUGUAGCUGUAACAUAUAGACCACACAGUAUGAGUAAAGGGACAUUUGUGAGUCUGAUCUCAGAUUUUGUGAGGACUGUGCCAAAAACAUUCACUUUAGUGUUAGGAGGUGACUUUAAUCUUGGUCCUGAAGAUGAGAACCUACAAAAAAUAUGCAAACUAUAUAAACUAAAUGUUAUGAUCAAUCAGGCAACUCAUUUUCAUGGGAACAAUCUUGACCAGAUAUUGACAACAGAUGACAAGGCAUCAUCUUGUGUUUUUCCUGUCCCCUAUUCUGACCAUUUUCUUACAUGUAUAUCUCUGCAAUAAAGUAUGUGAUUUUAUACAGUAUGUAAACCAGAGUAUGAAACUUGAAUAUGAUUUAUAAACAAAAACUGUACAGUGAUAUUGUCUCGUACAUUUUAAAUAAACUUAUAUAUGUUAAUAGGUAUUUGUUUGAUUUUAGAUUGUAGUAUUUGGAUAUAUUUGUGACAGGAAAAAUAGGGAAAAAAAUG